AUGGCAUUGGAAUUGGAAUUACCAUGGGUUGAAAAAUAUCGACCAAAGACAUUGGAGGAUAUAGUGGGAAAUGAAGAGACUAUUGAGCGAUUGAAAUUGAUUGGUAAAGAUGGGAACAUGCCCAAUUUGAUUAUUACAGGAUUGCCAGGAAUUGGAAAGACAACGUCUGUGCAUUGUUUAGCCAGAGAGUUGUUGGGAGAUUCGUAUGGAGAGGCAGUAUUAGAGUUGAAUGCGUCUGACGAUAGAGGGAUCGAUGUUGUUCGUAAUAAGAUCAAGUAUUUUGCACAGAAGAAGUGUCAAUUGGGAAAGGGUAAACACAAGUUGAUUAUCUUGGACGAAGCAGAUUCGAUGACCAGUGGAGCACAGCAGGCAUUGAGAAGAACGAUGGAGAUCUACUCUAACAGUACGAGGUUUGUGUUUGCAUGCAACUUGUCGAAUAAGAUCAUCGAACCCCUACAGAGCAGAUGUGCGAUUUUGAGGUACAAUAAGUUAAAAGACGAAGAGAUAUUACAAAGAUUAUUGGAGAUCAUCAAGUUGGAGGAAAUCGAGUACAGCAAAGAUGGGCUAGAGGCGUUGAUAUUUACAAGCGAGGGUGAUAUGAGACAGGCAGUGAACAAUUUGCAAAGCACAUACUCUGGUUUCAAGUUUGUGAAUGGAGAAAAUGUGUUUAAGAUUGUGGAUAGUCCCCAUCCGGUUAUAAUCAAAAAGAUGCUCAUUAGCUGUAUAAACUUGGAGAAGAAGAAAAAAAACGAGAUUGACGAAAGCUUAGAGAUCUUGCGAAGUUUGUGGGACAAAGGGUACUCAGCUAUUGACAUUGUUAUAACAUGCUUCAGAGUGGUGAAGAAUCUCAGGGAGAUCAACGAGAGCCUCAGGUUGGAGAUGAUCAAAGAAAUAGGCACAACCCAUGUCAGAGUAUUGGAGGGAGUGUCGUCGUACUUGCAGUUGGCAGGACUUUUGGCCCGAAUCCGAUGUUUGGACAAAUAG